AGUCAAACUAAACGUCUCUCUCUCUCUCUCUCUCUCUCAACUGUAUUCGUAUGUAUAUAAGAGGCUGAAGAGUUGGAUAUUUCCAUACAUUGAUUUCUGCCAUCAAUUCUCUCUCUACAGCCAUGGGAACUGAAGGCACCGAUUACAACAAAAAUGUGGAUAAUAGGACUGCAGAACAGAAGGCCAUUGAUGAUUGGUUGCCAAUCACUUCUUCAAGAAAUGCAAAAUGGUGGUACUCAGCUUUUCACAAUGUCACAGCCAUGGUUGGAGCUGGAGUUCUCGGUCUCCCUUUCGCCAUGUCGGAACUAGGAUGGGGACCCGGAGUAGCAGUGAUGGUCAUAUCUUGGAUCAUUACCUUCUACACAUUGUGGCAGAUGGUUGAGAUGCAUGAAAUGGUACCUGGCAAGAGGUUCGAUAGAUAUCACGAGCUCGGACAGCAUGCUUUUGGAGAGAAGCUCGGGCUCUACAUCGUUGUGCCUCAGCAGCUAAUUGUUGAAGUUGGAGUGGACAUUGUCUACAUGGUCACAGGGGGGAAAUCACUCCAGAAAUUCCAUGACGUGGUCUGUGGUGAUAACUGCAAAAGCAUCAAGCUUACUUAUUUUAUAAUGAUCUUCGCCUCGGUGCAUUUUGUCCUCGCACAUCUUCCCAACCUCAACGCCAUUUCUGGAGUGUCAUUGGCUGCAGCAGUCAUGUCCUUAAGCUAUUCCACGAUUGCCUGGGGUGCUUCGCUGAAAAAGGGAGUUCAACCGAACGUGCAAUAUGGUUACAAAGCCACAACCACAGCUGGUACUGUUUUCAACUUUUUCAGUGCUUUGGGAGAGGUGGCUUUCGCCUAUGCAGGACACAAUGUUGUCCUGGAGAUUCAAGCCACCAUCCCUUCAACUCCGGAGAAGCCUUCCAAAGGACCCAUGUGGAAGGGAGUCAUCGUUGCUUACAUUGUUGUCGCCCUCUGCUACUUCCCUGUCGCCUUCAUUGGAUACUGGAUGUUUGGUAACGAAGUAUCAGACAACAUUUUGAUUUCAUUAAACAAACCAAAUUGGCUCAUCGCCAUGGCUAACAUGUUCGUUGUGAUACACGUUAUUGGAAGCUAUCAGAUAUACGCUAUGCCAGUUUUUGACAUGUUAGAGACAGUCCUAGUCAAGAAACUAAGAUUCAAGCCAACAUGGUAUCUGCGCUUCAUCACCAGAAACAUCUAUGUUGCAUUCACAAUGUUCGUUGGCAUUUCAUUCCCUUUCUUUGGUGGACUCCUUGGGUUCUUUGGAGGAUUUGCUUUCGCACCAACCACAUACUUCCUUCCUUGUAUCAUGUGGCUUGUUAUCUAUAAACCAAGGAGAUUCAGCUUAUCAUGGUUCACUAACUGGAUUUGCAUCAUUCUCGGAGUCCUUUUGAUGGUUAUAGCACCAAUUGGAGCACUAAGGCAAAUAAUACUACAAGCAAAGGACUACGAGUUCUACUCAUAAGCAUCUAGAGUGUUGAAUCUUGCUGGUUGAGAAGCUCGAUAAGUGGGAUUUUGGAUAGCAUAAAGUGAAGAAUCUUGGGGAAUUAAAAACAAAGAUGAAUGUGACAAAUUCUUCACGAGAGGACACCUGAUCGCCUCCAAAAAUUCAUUCCACUGCUUCCAAAUUGAUAUCUGAAUCUAUUGUGUGUAUAAACCUGUUUGCUGAUGUUCUAUUAUACUGCUUUUGUGAAUGGACGACCGUAUUAAAAUGAGAAUUUAAAUAUACAUUCAUAUGCUAGCAAAA